CGAAGUAAAGUAUGCGCCUGCGCAUUCGGUUUUCCACAUAGCUGCACAACUAGGAAUACUUUUCUGUUAAACCCAAAACAGAGAGCGAAAAUAUUUGAUGUAAAGCUGCAUUCUUGCUUUAUAUUUUUAGCAUGGCCAGAUAUUUGAGACCUCCAAAUACAUCUCUUUUCAUCAGAAACAUUUCCGAUGAAUCCAGGCCUGAGGAUUUGCGCCGUGAAUUUGGUCGUUAUGGGCCAGUAGUAGACGUCUACAUUCCACUUGACUUCUAUUCACGCCGACCAAGAGGAUUUGCAUAUAUUCAGUUUGAAGAUGUGCGCGACGCUGAAGAUGCUCUGCACAACCUGGACAGGAAGUGGGUGUGUGGCCGACAGAUUGAAAUCCAAUUUGCGCAGGGAGACCGAAAGACACCCAAUCAGAUGAAAGGAAAGGAGGGGGGAUCUUCGCGCAGCUCUUCGCGGCAUGAUGAUCAGGAUUAUGAUCGGGACAGCCGUCGUAGGCGCUCUCGCAGCCGUAGCUACCAAAGACGGAGGUCACGCAGCCCAUCCUACGAUCGCCGGCCCAGACGCUCUGAGAGUCCCAGAGACUCCCGUGGAAGGAUGUACGGCGGUAGAGGAAGAAGCAGGAGUCCGGAAAACGACAGGCACCGACCCCACCCACGUGACCACCGACGACCCCCCCCUGGGCAUUCCCCUCACAGCCAAUCCCCUUCUCACUCCAGAUCCAGGCCCAGGGCCCAGAGGGAGUCCAGAGGAAAGUCUCGUUCCCGCUCUAAGUCCCUGAGCCCACGAGAUGGCGACAUCCACCCAGCAUCCGGAGGCUAUGAGCCGCAGGACGAUGCAUCGCCUCGUAUGCACUCCCCGUCCCGCUCGCAUUCUCGCUCCCUCUCACGGUCCCGUUCUCGCUCCAGGUCCUGGACAGGACGCAAGUCAGGGGGACACUAAAACAUGUUUGUUGGAUCCUUUUGAUUGUAGUUGUGUCCAAAAUGGCUUGCUGGAUAAUUGAAUGUUCAUGGAACGGUUGUUGGUUGGUUUGUGAAAAUGAUCUUCCUUUGUAGUUUUUUGCUUCUUUUUUUCACGUUUUUUUUUAAUGGAUGACAAAAGAGAAGCACAAUAUCCUGUUUAAAUCAGUCCCAGAAAUGUCACCUUUUUUAUAUUUACACACCCUCCGUUUCUAGUCAUUAUAGCCAAUACACUGAGUGUACGAAACAUUAGGAAUAGCUUCCUAAUAUUUAAUUACACCCCCCCCCCCUUUUGCCCUCAGAACAGCCUCAAUUCAUUGGGGCAUGGACUUUACAAAGUGUUGC